CGACAACCGUUCCCGCGAUAUUCGUGAGUAUCCUAACGGCUUCAACUCCGCCUCUGGAAGUGUUUGAUAUCUUCUCCACUACUCCACACUCUGAUUAGCGGUCAGCCGGAGCCGGCAAUCGGCGGCAACAAUUCAAUGGUGUCGAUUCGUGGGAUUCUCCGGAACAUGCUCGCUUGCCGCGAUAACCAGCUCGAAGUCGAGGAGAUGGAAGGGAAACCAAGGCGCCACUUGCUGGAGGAAGAUAUUCUCAUGGAGAUUUUCUCAUGGCUACCAGUGAAAACCCUAUUCCAAUUGAAGUCCGUUUGCAGAAAUUGGAACGCCAUCAUCAAAAGCCCCAUACUGGCUUCCAUGCACUUGACCAACUACACCAACAAAAGCUCCUCGGCUCGCGACGCCUUCAAGACCCUGAUAGUCUACGAGGAUCAACAGGGUCUGGGUAACAAAAAGGUCAUCCAGGUGUCUCCUAGUAAUGGCGAUGUGAAGAAAGUCCGGUAUAUGGAAGUCCAAAUGCAGGUAAUCUCCGGACCCUGCAAUGGCAUAUUCUUGUUGGGGAAUCCUCAGGAUAGCUAUGAUCCUGCACUUACCUUAUGGAAUCCAGCAACUGGGCAAUUUAGGGAAGUUGCAGAGCCGCCUCCAAUCUGCCCCAGCAGGGAAGGAAAAUUCUCCCUCCAUAGCUAUGGGUUUGGCAUGGAUAAAGGUGAUGUCAAGAUCGUUCUGAUUCGUCACUUCAGCCCGAGUCCCCAUCGUUACCCUGGCCGCACGCUGAUCCCAGCCGGCUACUCCUCCCCGGAGUGUCCCUCACAGGUGAUGGUGUACUCACUGGAAACUGAUACUUGGAGGGUGCUAGAAGAUUUCAAGCAUCAAGUUGAGAUUGUUCGCUUCGUGGAGUGUUACAGGUACUGGAAUGGGUUCAUCUUCUGGUUAUGUGCAUCUCCUAUUGCAGCAUUGGGGUUCGAUCUCAGGAACGAAGCUUUCGUUGUGAUAGAGGACCCCGUUCAUGUCUCCAUUGACGGGUACCUCUCGGCUCCAGUCAAGCAGCUCGCCAUGUACAAGGGUUCCCUUGCUUUGUUCAUUAACCAGUGGAGUAGUGGAUACGAUGUGUGGUUGCUGGAUGAAGACUGGUGCUGGGUGAGAUGGUCGACAAUCGGCCCAUUUGUUCCCGAUGAUAUGUUCGUAGUUGGAUACUGGGGGGUUGAUCAGGAUCGACUCGUCUUGCUUGUUCCGGAUCUAGUUUACGGUAAUGAUCUGUUGUUGUUUGAUCCUGUUAGUAAGGCCACUGAAGUUGUUCUGUCGAGGUGUUUGUUUCCUUCGGGGGUUUUCGUUUACGAGGAAACCUUGGCCUCUUUGUAAAGGUUGGAUGAAUGCACUUAUUACAGAGUUAGGGAAGGUAGGCCUUAUUUGUUUGUUCUUCUAGGUAUGUUAUUGGAGAAGAAUUAGGGUAGAAAAUAGAGAGCUGGCCAGCGGCCUAGGCUAGAGAAGAAGACGAUAUUGGGAGAGAGAUAGAAUAUGGGUUGGAUACUUUUCUAAAUUCUGUCUGGAUUGAUUCUGAAAUAAAAGGCGAAGC